UAGAGCAGGUCAACCCUGACUGAACUCUGCAGGUUGAUUACAAACCACAGGUUACACACAGAAAUAAACUAAAAGUGAACUCUGUGCAGCAUUAGAGAACAGCUGUGGGCUGAAAGCAUGUCCCAGUGUCUCUACUGAUGGACGGUCAAACGCAGCCGUCCUGUGCGCAGUUAUAAAAAGGCUGACAUUGUUUGGACUGUAACCGGACCCCUGCAGGCUGCAGGACGAGCUGCUCAGGACCAACACAACUAUUCUUAGAGCUAUUGUUGUGCUGACGACAUGUGGAAGGUCAAACCUCUGCUUGCCUCUCCUAUGGAGACGAGAUACCGGCCAGUUUUGGAGAAUUUGGUCCCCCCUGACCCCAUGUCCCAGUUCCACCUGAAGAGAGGUUCUCCAGAUGAGGAGUUUCACCUCUGCAGGAACUCUACCUGGAUGGGAAAGAUCCUCACACGUGCCAUGUAUCGCCGACAGUUCCACCGCUGCACCCCCAGUGGAGUCAUCUUUGAUGAUGUCAUCCGCCCGGGCCUUGAGGAACCAGGUGACUGGUCCACUCCUGUAACUGUGGGCUGUGUCGCGGGCGACGCUCAGUCCUACGUCCUGUUCUGUGAUUUCUUCGACCGAGUCAUCGAGGCACAUCACGGACACAAGAUCACCAGCCAGACGUCAGAGGGCGACUUCAACUACGACAACGUGAAGGGAGGUGAUGACUUGGACAGGUCAUACGCUGCAUGCUGUGAGGUGAGUGUUGUUCGAGGCGUUGAAGACUUCUGCUUCCCGACACACUGCAGCCGAGGAGAGCGCAGACAGCUCCUCACACUGGCCAGCAGAGCUCUGCAGCGGCUGGAGGAGGAGCAGCUGCCGGGUCGACUCCUCUUACUGGAGGAGCUGAACCAGGAGCAGCAGAGGGAGCUGAACCUGAACACUCCGUCCUCCUCCCAGCUCCGUAUCGGCGUGGCCCGGGACUGGCCUGACGCCAGGGCGGUCUGGGUGAGUGAAGAUGGCAGCUUGGUGGUCUGGGUCAACAUGGAGGACCACCUCAGACUUGUGUCUACACGAGAUGAUGCCAACAUCACAGAGGCCUUUAAAUGCAUCUGCACCAACCUGCAGAAGCUGGAGGAGUUCUACAGACAGCUCAGACACCCGUUCACCUGGAAGCAGCAGCUGGGGUGGGUGAGCAGCUCUCCAGCCGACGUGGGGACGGGUCUGAGGAUCAGAGUCCACCUCAGACUGCAGCACCUCCCCAGACACAAACGGCUGCAGGACGUCCUGAAGAGACUGAGGGUCUGCAUGGACGCUACAGAAUCCCCGGCGCUGUAUUGUGUGAGCAACGUCGCAACCUUUGGCCUGAGCGAGGUCAGCCUGACCCAGCUGGUGGUGGAUGGGGUCAAACUGCUCAUCGCCAUGGAGAAGAGGCUGGAGGGCGGCCGAGAUAUAGAUGAGCUUGUUCCCACGCAGAAGUAGAUCUGGAUGGUGAUUGGCUGGAGGGAGGAGAGUGGAUGAACCGACCAAUCGGAUGGAAACGUUUAACUCGGUCCAACAGACACUGACAGAAGAAACCAUUCAGAGUGUGGCUGGUGUUUUCUGCCUGAACUUAACAGCUUGAAGAGUUACAGUGUGAUGAUUUCAAUGUCUUCGUCCUCGUCAAACUAACAGGAGAUCGUUUUAAAUGAUCACUAAUCGAUAUUCAGUUUUAUUAGAUACUGUGACGAAAAGAUCACAUCUUUGUUGUUAAGAAUAAUCAUUUAGCACAAAAUAAUCUGUAACUGACAUGUUCACUGUCAUCAAUAUGAUGAUCUUACAUGUGUUUUGAUAGACUGUCCUUACACUGGAACACAGUUAUUAUGUGCUAAUUAAAGGAAACUUGCAAAACAAAUUCAGCACAUUAAAGGAAGUGGAAACUUUAUCUUUAUCUCCUUAUACUAUGUUAAUUAUCACGCACCAAAAACUUUUGUUUAUAUACUUUAAAUACCAAAAGUAAAAGUACUCAUUAUGCAGUAUGGCCAAUUGCAGUAAAAUGCGCAUAUAUAAACAUGGUGUUGGUGUGUUUUCCUGAAGCCUGGGUCAGGACACGAGGUCUCAGUCCAGAAGAGUGCAGUCCUAGGAACAGCUAGGUCCUGGACUCACCUGGAGUCUGGUCCUGAUGGAGGGUGAAGGCUGAGUGAUGUCAGCAUGUGGACAGGUGACAGUAGCUGGGUUUCCAUUUCAGUUUUGUGCAAAAUUAAAGCGAUAUUUCGACAAUUUCGAUAAAGUACAAAUGCUGCUUGCAGGUGUUUCCAUUGAAAGGUGUUUGAAGCCAUUAGAUUAGUUUCCAUUGCCUGUUUUCUAUUGCGCUAUUUAGAUUUUGCGCAUUUCUCAGGGUCAUGGAAACCCAGCUAAUGUUGACAUGUGUAGCGGUGCACAUUAGGAACAUGAUCACAUAAACACACCUGGACCAGGGUCAUUUCCUUCAGCGAGUCACCUUGGCGACGGACCACUGUAAAUACGAGCGGACGUUCGGACGUCAUUCAGCGUGAAACAAACAGCUGAAGUUUCUGUGAUCACAAAAUGACUCUGACACCGUUUCAUCUGUGAGGCUUUUAUUUGAAAUGAAUCGAUCACGGCUACACUGGACUUCUGCUACGUUCCUGUUCAUGACGAGCCCGACUCAUCAGAGUCGGUCACGUGGUACAAGGUUCUAUCUGAACGUGAGGCGAAGGCUGUUUUCAAGUAAGAGGCUCAGAUUUACAGUCUUCUCCUCGUGACGUGAAGGCAGCGUCACACCUUGUCACCUCGCGCCCUGUCAGACAGGGCCGGGAGGUUUGCAUUGUUUGUUCCCUUCCUGGUUUUAAGUGCUACAACAUACAGUCCAAAGUGUUCUCCAGUUUCAGUAGUGACGGAGAACCAUUGCACGGUGAACCCUCACGACCUCGACACUGUAGAGACAAGCAGAGCCAGUUAGAGGCUCUGUCGAUUAGUGGGAACAAAAAUUCAAAAUAUACAGAAAAACUCAGAAUCACAAACUGCUCAUUUCCUCUGGUGCAACUGAGUACAUCAGAAAUACAAAUCAGUACGUUCAGAAGGCAUUAAGUGGUGGAGAACAUACAGAAUGAUCUACCGGGGAACAGCAAUAAACAGGCGGAACGGGCAAUUUCAGCAGCUAGCUGACAGGAAACUCAAUUUCUGCUGCAACGUUGCUUUAAAGGAUAAAUCUGGUGACUUUCUAUGUUGCUCUUCUUGUCAACAAAAAAACAGAAGACGACUCACACCAACGGUAAAUGUAUUUACACUCUUAUCUGUUGCGGAGCGCCGCAGCUGUGACGGAGCCGGAACGCAGCACAGCCGCAGCCGGUGAAAACACACACAUUGACUAGAAUUGAAACGUAUCGGUUCCACUGCCGUUCUGCAGCGCAGACUCAACCCACACGCAUCUGGUGGAAUUUGAGCAUCAGAAAUAACGGUUCCAAAAAGGUUCUUCCUGAAGGGCUGAGGCUCUACUUAGAACCAGCUGCUUCAGAAGAAUGCUUUUUUGACAAAAGAGUUUUGCUAGGGUUCUUUGUGACACUUACGAUUGAUUACAUCAGAAGAACCCUUUUCAUCCAAAGAACUGUUUUUUUUUCUAAGAAAGGGUUCUAUGAGGGUGCUUUGUAAUUCUAAGGAUUCCUUGAGGAACCCUUUUCAUACAAAGAACCAUUUUUUCAAGAGAGGUUUCUUUGUAAGACUAAGGGUUCCUUUGAGGAACAAUUUUCUUUUAAAUAACCUUUUUUUCUGAAAAAAGGCUUCUUUUUUCUACUAAGGGUUCCUUUCGAAGAACCCUUCAUUCAAAGAACCAUUUUUUUGAAAGGAAAAAAAAAGGUUCUGCUAGGGUUCUUUUUAAGACGGAGGGCUCCGUCAGAAGAAACACUUUCAUCCAAAAAAACCCCCCUUUUUUUUGGUAGAAAUGCGAGGGUUCUUUGUCAGACUAAGGUUCCUUGAGAAAAGCCAUUUUCACCCCAGGAACCCUUUUUUUGAAGAAAGGGUUCUUUAUGGUUUUUUUGUAAGACUAUGGGUUCCUUUAAGAACCCUUUUAAUUCAAAACCCUUUUUUGGACGAAAGAGUUGUUUAAGGAUUCUUUGUACAACUCAAGGUUUCUUCUGAAGUAUCUUUUUCCUCCAAAGAACCCAAUCUUCACAGAAAGGCUUUUUCAACAAUUCUUUGUAAGGGGUAAGGGUUCCUUUAGAAGACCCCUUUCCAUCCAAAGACCCCCUUUUUUUGAAGAAUGGGUUCUUCAAGGGUUCUCUGUAAGACUAAGGAAACAGAGUUUUGGUUCCCAACCACAGUAAAGGCUGUAGUGGUGGUGAUUCCACAAAAUCACCGGCUGCCCAAGAACAUGAUUGUGAACCAUGUUGUUCGAGGUUACAUUGGACCACAUCAGCCCCGGCCCUUUAGGAGCCUCAUGGAGCCUCCUAAGGACGCAGUUCCCUUGACCCGCGACUCACCUGUUAAACCACAACCAUGAUUAGUGGGGAAGAGAUCUAUGGGUAAUGUAGUCAAUUAAUAAACUUCUUGAUCAAUCCCAUGGAAUAUAAAAGGGUUCUCAGAAGAAACCCCUGAGUAGGUUCUAAAUGAAACCCUUGGAAUUUGAACGGGUUCUCGGUGAAAACCAUAGACUGUAAAGACUGACGACAUGACAGCUCCCCUAAAAGUGAAGCCAAAAUAUCCGAAUUGCCUCCCAGUGGCUGCAGCAUAGGUCAUAAACUCCACCUCCUCCAUGUUAGCCGACUGACAUGGACCAAACCAAGUGCGCGUCAAAUAAUUUUUUCCCAAAGAUGGUUCCUGUUAUUUUGGGAAGUUCUUAUCUCGCUGAUGUUUGUCAAAGUGCUCGUUUUUCUAAUAACUUUGGUCAUAUGUUAUGUUAGGACAAAAGGGUGGUGGGGGACUGAGGUCAUGACUGACCGCUGUGUCGGCCAAUCGGUGUGCUCGUCAGAAGGUGUAUGGACGGAACUCGACACCGCUGGCGACUUUGGCUCCAAACGACGUCACCAGCAGAAGAUGUCAUAGCUUUGUUUGUACAGGGGGGGAAGUAAAGACGUGUCCUUCAUCUUUAUAUACAGUCUGUGGUAGAACCCUCUCAGCUGCUUUAGAUGAAACCAUUGGUAUAUUAAAGGUUUCUUGGUAGAACGCCCUGGGUGAGGUGUUAGCACCCUUACAAGGUAUGAAGGUUCUGAAUAGAACCCCCAGAGAGUGUUGUGGUUGGAGCCAUUACAUCGUGAAAGGGUUCUCUAUAGAACCUGUCAUAAGGGUUUCUGGGUGAAACCUUUCACAGAUGGAUCUAGGUAUAACCCUUACUGUUGGGUUAUAGGUGGAACCCUCUAAAAGAGUUCCAGGUGGAUCCUUUCUAAGAUUCUUCCAGGAACCAAAAAGGGUUCUCUGAUAGGGACAAGCUGAAUAACGAGCACACUAAGUACUGUGUGUAGGCCUGAUAUAUCUUAACAUUCACUGCACCAAAUGUGGAUUAAUCCCCCGCUGAAAAUAGUCCCAAAGUAAGUCAUGGUUCCUGCUGUUUGUUUGAUAAAAACUACAGCGACUGAAGGAACUACAGACUCAUGAGUCACAGACAUGCACAAGAUUUGUUGAUUAAAAAAAAAGAAAAAAAAAACAAUAGAAAAACACCAGACUGAUCCUUUAAGUUUAAACGGGAUGUGUUGCUCGAUGGUGUGGUUCGGGUUUGAUGCUUCCUUCAGCAGCAACAUAAAAAUCGAGUUUUAUCUUGCUGCUGAAAGCUUUGAAAAAUAGUUACGUUUCAAUGGUGGAAAAAAAGAAGACAGUGUUGACAAAGUAAAAUCAGACUGAUCAAUACUGUACCUGCACAUAUUCACCUGGACAGGUGUCACGUUGUACAGCAACAACAAUCAAACAAUAGAGACACAUUCUGUUCUGUCAGCUGUUAAUGUGCUAAGAAAAAAGAUUCAUGGAGCUUUACAGUUUGUGUUUGAACCACUGACAUCAUUCACCAAAAGCUCCAGGAUUAUUGCAACAGUAUUAACAUGAGUCAGCAGGAGAGGUCAGAGGUCACACGCUGUCACCUCCUGAUUGGUCGUCACAUUUCAUGACUCAUUCCCUCGACUGCAAACUGUGCAACUCGACUGCGCAACUGGAUAUUUGCUGUUAACGUCUGCAUCAAUCAGGCGACUGCAACUGAGAACGUUUAAAACCAGGAGGGAAGAUGCUUCAUGGAACUUGUUCAAACUCGAGGCCGUUACAUCGGAACGACGGGAUGAAACCUGCGUCACUGAUGAGCCAAGGUCUGUGCUCGUGAUCAGUUGCACAGAUACGACCUCUGGGCUUUUUACUCCACACAAACAGCUCAUGUACCGACUGCACGGACGUCAGCUGAACAACCUGGUGGCGAAUUCACCGAUAAAUAAAUUCAUGCAGUUCUUUCACUUAUUUUCCUGCAGUUUCUCUCCUUUUCCUUCGUAUGUACGUUCAUGAACUGGGGUUAGAAAACCUCGAGAUAGACUCAAGUUGAAAUAUUGUCAACUUGCACCGAUGUGUCUCCUCAGUGUACCACCUUCACUUCUCCUCUUAAAGUCUUUUCACAUCUAAUAUGAAUCAUUUGUACCAAUAAAUGGCACGUUAGUUUAAUUUAAAUUAGAACUCCGAGUUUUGAUGAAAAUUUGGAUCGGGCGAUAACGCACGGCCGCUUCGUUCUCUUGGUGAAUUGUCGACCUUCCUCUGGUGCUGACACAACUCUGUGGAGACAGGUCUGACUACGUGAGACUGGUCUGAACACAUCUUCAGUUAGCUACAUUGAUGGCUCUGUAGUGAUGGAGGUUGAGGCAGUUUUACACCAUCAGAGACACAUAGAGCUGCGUGCAGCGCAUUGAUUUGUUCAGCCCCUCCUUGUCCCCUCUCUCUCUGUUUAUCAUGGGACUGCAGUGACAGGGCUAACUGUUAGCAUGACACAGCUAACAUUACCCAACAUUUGUUAACAGGUUUAAUGACAGAGAUGGUGAGACGGCUGGGACUGCUCAACGGCUCGGUGUUGGAUGUUAGUUGCUGCUGCUGUGUUAGUUCAUGCUAACCAGGUAGAGAGCAGGAGGAGUGCAGCUCAUGAAGACUGUCCUUCAACGCUGCUUCAAACAGCAGAAACAGCUGAUUGUUGGUGAUCACAUGUUUCUGCCCCCCUCCCACCAUCACAAAUAGAUUCUAACUCUGUGGGAAGCACUAGCCACCUUUUACACAGCCUGUUCAGGGCGGGAAUAUCACAGCAUCAUGCCGCCUCGCCGUUCUGUAUAUAAGGUACGAUUAAGGAACGGGGGAAAGUGUUUUCUCGCCUUUAAUCCACUAUGGGAGGCAGUAACAGUGCCAAAAGGGUGUCUGUAUAACCAGGAUCAUAGGCAGCAUGGCUGUGAUCUUUUGACAACGUAUGAUGUAACCCAUCCUCACUGUGACCUCGUCACAUGUCCACAUUUGGUCAUGGACUUCCCACGUCCACAUAUGACGUCCGAACUACCCUGGGUGUGUUGGUUGUUGACGUUCUGGGACGCCGUGUCAACUUCAGCCUGUUACAUGCAUUGUCUGUUUUCAAAAAACACAGUUUGCAUACAGUCUUUCAAAAUAAAAGCCCUACAUCAACACAACACCGCAAAUUGACUUUUUUUCCCCCCCUUCAAUAUCGCACACACGUGGUUACGUUUAGCCAACACACACACAUGAUUGAGUUUUGGAAAAAAGAACAGGGUUUGGCUUUACAAUCAUGCAGAAGUGGUUGGUGUCUGAUGUUGGAAGUGACUACCCAAGUGCCGGUAUUUGACUCUGGAACGAGAUCGGGUUGUAUUUUGUGUGCGACCCACCGCGGGAAGAGUAGCUAAUAGCAGUCUGCAGCUAACUGAAAAAAGAAGAACGGCGGCUGUAACUGUCUGCAAACAGUAAUAAAAAAAGAGGUCCAGGAGCUCCUUACCCUCUGAGCAGCAGACGAGAUCAGCCGCCAUGUAACAGGGAUGAAUGAUUGUUAUUGACAUGUUAUAUGUCACACUAGAGGCCGACGCUGUUGUGUUAAAUGUGAUGCCUCUUUUAAUGGCAGGAUGCCAGCAUGCUGUGUAUAAUCACACACUGGAGCGACACGAUGCCGCUGUUGUUUGGUUCUGUGUAAAAAUGUAAAAUUGGCCUAAGCAGGGACUUUGUAGCAACUCUAUAGCGCCAUCUCUGUGUAAAAAGGUCUACUGACUGCUCAUCGAGAUAAACUCUGAACCUGAGACAGUUUUAAUUGAUCCCACAAUUUCACUGCAAAAAAAAAAAAAGCCUAAAAAUAACAGCAACAUGCAUCACAGUUUUUUUAAAGGCUGCUGUGGAAUCAGACAUUUCAGGCUGCAACAAUCCCAGAAACAUAAAUGCAAAUCCUUGAGGGACUGCUUAACCUGUUACACCAAUCAUAUUUUUCCCUUGCACUGUUGCUCUCUGUACAGUGCAGCUCAAUCAUAAGUGCUGUAUCGUAGGCAGCUGGACAUGCUUGAGUUUCUUGAAGACG